AUGGAGACAAAAGCAAUAACAUCGGUAAAUAGAGAUGUCAUAAGAUCAUUUCUUAUUGAAAAAGUCUUGCCAGCUAUAAAGGAAAAAUGGCCAAGAGAUGAUUUGGGUACUACAAUAUUUAUCCAACAAGAUAAUGUAAGAACUCAUAUUAAUCAUGAUGAUCAAGAGUUCAUUCAAGAAGCCACACAAGAUGGAUUUGAUAUUCGUUUGAUGUGUCAACCUGCAAAUUCUCCUGAUUUGAAUGUCUUAGACCUUGGAUUUUUUAGUGCAAUACAAUCAUUACAACACAAGGAGUCCCCUAAAACUAUUGAUGAACUUGUUCGUGCGGUGGUGGAGUCAUUUGAAAACUUUUCUUCUAUGAAGUCCAAUCACAUAUUUGUAACAUUGCAAUUAUGCAUGAUAGAGAUCAUGAAAGCCAAUGGUUCUAAUAAAUAUAAAAUUCCUCAUUUGAAUAAGCAAAGACUAGAAAGAGAAGGACAAUUACCGGUUCAAAUGAAGUGUGAAUUUUAG